GCAUGAAAUUUGAUCUGAAGAAACAAGAAAGAGGAGGGCCACAGGAAAGAGAAAGAAACACAAGGAAGUAGGAGGGCCAGCUGAAAAAUCCAAACAGUCUGCAUCUGCAUGUGGUCUGUUUUGUUCCUGACUUUGCACCCCGUCAUGCCUGUGCAUGUGAAAGUUUUAUGACUGGAAAGUAGCUUAUGGAGACUGGCAAGAUUGCUUUGCUUGCAGGUUGUGAAAUACUGCAUUACUGUCCUGAUUCGACUUCCUCCCCCUGAGUUCAAAGGUUGCUGAAGUUCUGUGAGUGUCGCAAAGGGCUGAGUUUUUACAGAAAGAUGGAGCGUGUCUCUUUCCUGCCACUGACCCGUGUAGCCAUUUGUGGCGGCACCCAUGGAAAUGAGCUGUCAGGGGUGUAUUUGGUGAGAGAAAUGCAGAAGCAGAAGGUGGAAAGGGCCGGAUCUGUCUCUAUAACCACUGUCCUAUCCAACCCACGUGCUGUGGACGCUUGCAAAAGAUACACAGACACAGAUCUCAACCGCUGUUUCACAAACGCCUUGCUGAGUGCCCCCAUAACAGAUUCAACAGCCUAUGAGCUGAGGCGAGCCCAGGAGCUGAACGCUCAGCUUGGGCCCAAAGGAAGUGAAGAGGCCGUGGAUCUGCUCUGCGAUCUCCACAACACCACUGCCAACAUGGGCCUGUGCCUCAUCUUUUACUCCUUAGACUCGAUCACCCUGCACAUUUACAAAUACAUACAGAGCAAGAUAACCUCUGUGCCUGUGAGAGCAAUCCAGCUGGAUAUACCCAUUUCUGAGGCUUACUCCUUAGAGUCAGUGGGUAAACAUGGCUUUGCAAUUGAGGUCGGUCCUCAACCCAACGGUGUGCUCAGAGCUGAUAUCUUUAACAUGGUGAAAGAUCUGGUGGAUCUCACAAUCGAAUGGCUUCAACAAUUCAAUUCUGGAAUUACUUUUGAAGGAGGUGAAGUGGAAGCAUACAGUUUGAUUAAGAGUGUCGACUACCCAAGAGACCCUACGACCAAUGAGAUUACUGCUGCCGUACACCCCGAGCUACAGGAUAAUGACUUCAAGCUUCUCCGAAAAGGCGACCCCAUUUUCUUGUCUUUUUCUGGGGAGACGGUGAAGUACGAGGGAGAAGAACUCCACCCUUUCUUUGUCAAUGAAUGUGCCUACUAUGAGAAGAAGAUUGCUUUUCAUUUAGCCCGAAAGAUCACUCUGUCCUUUCCAUCUGUAAGUGUUAAGAAGGACUGAGAGUAGAGAGACAGAACAAGACCAAUACAUUCUGUAGGGAUUUUAAAUUAGAAUCUAAUAUAAUAUGCGCACUACUCGCAUAAUGUUUUCAAUCAUCUCCAAUGAUUCAUGCACUAAUACACAAACAUGAUUACCUCCUUGUAGUUCAAUGCAGUGAAGCAGCUGUGCAACAGUUCUACCUCUGUGAAGCUCGAGUAUAACACCAGAGUUAUAUAUGACUGAAUGAUAUUGCACAGGUGCUGGAGUUUCAACACUCCACCCCCUGUAUAAUGACUGGUACGAAUUAUUGUAAGGAAGCUAAUCUUUUUUUGCACUGUGACAAUAAUGCACAACACUACGCUUGAAUAAACUGAAACAUGGAUCAUUUAAAA